GCUCAGACGAGCGCUGCCACCAAACGCAUCAACUGCCUGCUUACGGGAGGAGCGUAAUCCUGCGUUUCUGGGACACAUUUAUUAAGAUCACAGAGGAUAUUUAUUUUACAAAUUUUGCUGACUUCUUCGCUGUUACUGGUGCCUUGUGAGCAGCGGCUUAAAGGACUAGAGGAAAUUAUUUGUUGUGUGUUUUCCCCAAGUUGUCGCACAAGGACUGAAAUCGCACUGCUGCUCAGACUGAUACUCCGGAAAAAGUGACAUGAAACGUGAGGACAGAUGAGUGAGUAUUUUGGGAACAAGAAAAGGACAAAUCGGAAAGCAUUUCAAUUCUCUUUUACUCACAGUAGACUGAUAUGCACCGUGUAAAAGACUGAAGAAGUAUCUCCAACACUUCAGCCACAGACUGAGCGCUUGAAAGCAUGGACCUAAACGCACGCGUCUUCCAGCGAGAAAACAUUUUCGGACCACAGUUGGAUUUUUUUUUGUAUUGAACUCUUGCAAGCCUGAAAUGUGGAAACGAGGAUCUUGCACCAGAUAGUUCUGUAAGUUAUUUGUCACAUUUGUCUAACACAAACAGCAGCCAGGUUUCAUCACUGAUUUUUUAAUGAGAGAAACCUGUGUGAUGUGUUAGUGGUGAACAGUUGGCCUAUAUUUUCUUUAAUUCAAGAGAGGGAAAAUGCUUUCAACUGCUAAACUGAGCCUCAUCUGUGUGCUGCUGGUCCUGAGGAGCAGUGGGGGGUCAGCCAUUAGCUCAAUAGACCCCGACUGGUCAGGAGAGGGGAGAUGUCAACACAUCAGCAUCCCCCAGUGUAAAGACAUUGGCUACAACAUGACCCGCAUGCCAAAUCUCAUGGGCCACGAUGACCAAAAAGAGGCAGCGAUAAAGCUGCAGGAGUUUGCGACGCUGAUACAGUUUGGAUGCCACAGUCAUCUCAAAUUUUUCCUGUGUUCACUGUACGCUCCCAUGUGCACGGAGCAGGUGUCCAACCCCAUCCCAGCAUGCCGAGUUAUGUGUGAGCAGGUAAAGGUAAAAUGCUCACCCAUCUUGGAACAAUUCAACUUCCCCUGGCCCGACUCCCUGGACUGCUCCCGGCUGCCAACCAAAAAUGACCCAAACAACCUCUGCAUGGAGGCGCCCAACAACGGCUCAGAUGAACCUCCCAAAGUCUCUCACACCCAGCCUCCAGACUACAGGCCACAGCGGCCUCUGAGCGGGCAGGAUGUGCACUUAAAGGACAGCAUCAGCAAGCAGACAUGCAGCAAUCCUGGCAAGUUUCACUAUGUGGAGAAAAGUGAGUCAUGUGCCCCCAAAUGCUACCCCAAAGUGGACGUGUACUGGAGUCAGGGGGACAAGCAGUUCUCUCUGGUGUGGAUUGCCAUCUGGUCCAUCCUCUGCUUUGUCUCCAGCGCCUUCACUGUGCUCACUUUCCUCAUAGACCCGCAGCGCUUCAAAUACCCUGAGAGGCCGAUCAUCUUCCUCUCCAUGUCCUACUGUGUUUACUCUGUGGGUUACCUAGUAAGACUUUUUGUAGGAGCUGAUAGAAUAGCCUGUGACAGAGACAAUGGGGUCCAGUAUAUUAUCCAGGAGGGUCUGGAGAGCACCGGCUGCACCAUUGUCUUUCUUAUCCUGUAUUAUUUUGGCAUGGCCAGCUCUCUCUGGUGGGUUAUCCUGACCCUCACAUGGUUCUUGGCUGCAGGGAAGAAGUGGGGUCACGAAGCCAUCGAGGCCAACAGCAGCUACUUCCACCUGGCAGCGUGGGCCAUCCCGGCUGUGAAGACAAUCAUGAUCCUGGUGAUGAGGAAAGUGGCGGGGGAUGAGCUGACGGGCAUCUGCUACGUGGGCAGCAUGGAUGUCAAAGCUCUCACAGGCUUUGUGCUUAUUCCUCUCUCCUGCUACCUUAUUAUUGGCACUUCAUUCCUGCUGUCUGGCUUUGUUGCCCUCUUCCACAUCCGUAAGAUCAUGAAAACAGAAGGAGAGAACACAGACAAGCUUGAGAAACUGAUGGUUCGCAUCGGGGUCUUCUCCGUGCUCUACACCGUCCCGGCCACCUGCGUCAUCGCCUGCUAUUUCUACGAGAGGCUCAACAUGGACUACUGGCGCAUCAUGGCAGCGGAGCAGAAAUGUGUUAACAGCAGCGGGCCGGAGUCGGACGAGUGCGUCAUGAAGACUUCCAUCCCCGCCGUUGAGAUCUUCAUGGUGAAGAUAUUCAUGCUGCUGGUGGUGGGCAUCACUAGCGGCAUGUGGAUCUGGACCUCAAAGACACUGCAGUCAUGGCAGAACGUGUUUAGCAGGAAGCUAAAGAAGAGGACAAGCAGGAAGGCUGCCAGUGUGUUCACCAGCAGCAGGCCUUACAUCAAACCUCACCCAUCUCUCAAAGGGCACAGUACAAAAUAUGAGCCUACACGGCCCCCUCCAACAUGUGUAUGAGCUAGCUCUCUUUGUUUAAACCCAAACAUACUUGUAAAGCCCUUAACUAAAUGAGACUAUGUAAUCAGAGUGCCAUCAAAAGAAUCAAGGUUCAUGUUUUAUUUAUGUUAACUGCGUUAAAAAUAAUGCAACAUGGGUUUUUUUGUUUGUCUUGAGCCAUCUCAUGCAACAAGAGCUGCCUUUCUUUGAGGAAAAAAACGUAUUCUUCUGGAUUCACUUAAGGAACUUGGUAAAGAGAAAAAAAUCUUAAUUUCCCAAGACAAAAAGAGUGGAAUAUACCAUUUGGAUGUGCCAUGGGGUCACUUGAAUAAUGCGCAAUAGAUGUUUUCCUUACAGGCAAAAAAGACACUUAUACUGUUAGUGACAGACUACAGACAAUGACAGGACCCCACAGACUAUGGAGGCAUAUGGUCAGAAGGAUAAGUGUUGUGUUUGGAGGCUUUUUAAUGGAAAUACAUGUUUGAACUGGAGUGAGAGCAGCUGUUGAAAAGACCUUUCUGAACUGCCCAUUAUGAGGAAAACCCAUGUCAUAAAUUAAUCAAGCACUCAUUAUUGAAAAGUUAUUUGUACAUGCAGUUAUGUUUCCCAUAUUUUUUCUUUGCCGUUUUAAAGCACAAGGGAACAUUUGUAUAUAUUUCAAAAAACUUCAGAUUUUAUAGAAAAAUUAAUAAAACGUUCUAGUUUUAAAUGUUUGUAAUGCCGUAUUUUUGUGUUAAAAUGUUGUUGAUUUUCUAUCUAAUGGAGUGAGUCUCUAUGUUAAUACAGCCGCAUAAAGCUUGUAUUUUUUACUAUUGCAGCACUUGUACUUUUUGCUACCCACAGUUUCGUAGCAAUCAAUUUAAUACAUCGUAAAAAUUCAAAUAAUUUUCCUCAAUUUGUGAAUGUUAUUGAAUGUCAUAGCUGGGUUUUAACAUUAUGUUUGUUACUAAGAAUAUCUUUAAAUAUAAUUUACGGAGAUGCAGAUGUUUACCUGAUCAAAAGGGGACAAAACUAACUUUUUACUAUAACAAUAAUAUUAAAGACCAGUUCAGAUCAGCUUAUAAAUGUUGUACAUGCACUGUAUAUUGUUGCUAUAGGAAAAAUGUGCACUUUUACAUAUAAAAAAGGCUUGUUACCAUG